UACUUGAUAUGUUUCUUGAAUCACUAUUUUUUGCAAAAAGUUGAAUUGAUUUUCACUAUUUUUUCUUUCGACAAUAGUUUCUUACGUGUACGUCCUAUCAAUACGUUAUAAUCUGAUGUUUUUCAUUAUGAAAAUCAAAACAUUGAUCACAUCUUUACUACGCAGUCAGCUUGGCAACUGAACCUCUUGGGACUCGUGAAGGUACCAAGGGACCUCUUAUCAACUCACAGUUCCGGUCAAUUAGCCUCAUGGCAGAAAGGUUUCAUUUAAAGUUAUAUAUAUACAUAAGUUAUAAAACAUCGAAACAAUUGAAUUAAGCAAACUAUAAUUACAAGCAUAAUCUUGCUUUUGAAAGCUUCCUUUGCAUUAAUCGCAACAACUGCAAUAUUAAGAUUAUCAUUGCUUUCAACAAAUUACCUAAAUACUAUUACCAAGUGAAAAGAGUGGUAUUUUGUAUAACUAAUCUCUUCUUAUCCUCUUGAAGCUUCAUGAGAAAAUUCGUGAGAGUUUUGCUAAAACACCCAUAUGUCACCGUUCAGUAAAACCAACACCCAUUUCAAAGGUUCCUUGCCAAAACUGCCAUUUUAAGAUUGUGACAAUCUUUCUAUUCGUCUUGAUAAGAUAAUUAAUAUGGAUCGAUCUCCUGCGCCAAUGUCGGAAAUGAUAUCGGAAGGUUCAGUACUAAGUACCAAAAUGGAUACAAUCGAUGCCGAAAAAAAUGUAAAAAAAGAAAUCGAAUUAAUAAUAGAGGAUAGUGAAACAAACUCAACCGGCGAUGAUGAGGAAUAUUGCGAUAGGGGGGCCGGUAAUGAGGAAUAUUUCGAUACGGGUUCUGAGAGCAGUUGCCAUUUCGAUUAUGAGCCUGAAGUGAAGAGGCCAUAUCUGGAUCUAUCUAAUAUGCAUGUAAAGAAAAGGCCGUGUAUUAGGAGUGCGAGCUUUGCUUAUGGCAAAUAUGUAAUGAGACAAUGUCCCAUGUGCGAUUAUGAGUUCAAUUCAGCGUAUGGUUGGAAGCAACAUAUUAAAUUCGUACACCAUUUAGAGAAGUCUGAAGAUUUGCAAUUUAAAUACAACGAAGUGGGAGCCAAGUGCAAGUUGUGCGAUUACCAAAUUCCAGCGCCAGAAUAUAACAAGUUACUAGAGCAUCAAAUUUCGCACAUGCCAUUCAGCCACUAUUUAAAAUGUAAAUUAUGUGAAUGGAAAACUAAAACACAUCCUAGCAUGAAUUUACAUUUGCGCCAAGAGCAUCCAGAAAAACUUCAGAUGACAAAUAAAAGUUUGGAAUCAAGACGUUGCCCAAGUUGCCAUCAAGAAUUUUCCUCUCAAUGGCAUUUGCGCAAACAUAUGAUACAAGAACAUGAGCAGACUAUUGAAGAUAGGACUUGUUUUAUUUGCUUGGACUGCGGUUUAGAGUUUUCAACUAAUGUUAGUUUACGUAGCCAUGUAAAUGAAAAAUUCGCUCAUAAAUCGGUCGAUGAGUUGGGUUUUAAAGAAGUUCCAGCUGAUGGAAAUGAAGCAGCUAAGUUCAAAUGUACUCAAUGUCCAUCGUCUUUUCGGAAAACUACGAAGAAUCGGACAUCGAUUAUGGUAUCUUUAAGGGAACAUUACAUGCUGCAUUUAGGAGAGCCUUCGGGCAAAUGUGCCUACAAAUGUAGAUAUUGCGAUGAAAGUUUUCGGCGAUUUGAUAGUGUGCGCUUACAUAUUUGCGAAGAGCUGCAUAAUGCCUUACAAAAUGGUGGUGGAUUGACAAAUACAUCACGACUGCUUCGUCGAAGGCGGAAGAAAGCAAUAAAAAGUGACCAGGACAAGGAAUUUUUUGAAAAGACCAGGAGAAGGAUUUACCAUAAAUGGAUACAACAUGUUUGCUUGAAAUGUGGAAAUAUAUUUUAUAACCUGGCCCAAUGCAGGCAGCAUAUGUUCCGUAUGCAUGGUAUGAAUAAACCGGAAGGACUCGAAUUUAGAAAGCUUGAAAAUCAAGGUGUAUCCGAUAUAUAUGAAUGUAUUAUAUGCGAAGAGUUCACAUGCGAUUAUGACUUGAAUACAAUGUUCGUGCACGCACGUAUACAUUCCGUAUUUGAACCAUUCCAAUGUAAAUUUUGCAAGAUGUCCUUCGCUUAUGAAUCGGAUAUACGUAGACACGGAUGCUUAGAUGAGGAAAGUGUUCAGACAGUUACUGAAUCAAAAGAGGUCUAUAUACCAAACAUAGAGAGUUUUUGCCCUAAAUGCAAUCAAACAUAUACAAGACCCUAUAGUCUAACUAGGCACAUGAAAAAAGCCCAUGGAAUGAAUAAACCUUACGGGCUCGGAUUUGAAAUGUGUGAACCGAAUGAUACCUCGGAAAAAAUGUACUGUUGCAAUGAGUGUAAAAAUUUUACUGCGAAAGAAACAGAUAUAAAAGCUAUGUUAGAGCAUGCAAGACAACAUUUUCCAUUCGAGAGCUUCAGAUGUACCCUAUGUAACGAACGAUUUAGAUUGAAAGAGCAUGCGAGUAAACAUGAAUGUUCAAAUGAAGGCAAAGAAGUUGAUGAUAAGUACGAGGAAAAUAUAUUAGCGAAAACACGUUUGAAUAAUAUGGGACGUUUUUGUCCACAAUGUGGCAAAUCGUUUAAAAAGACCUAUUUAUGUAAAAUUCAUCUGAUCAAAGUACAUGGAAUUGAUAAACCUGAUGGGCUUGCUUUUGAGAAAAUAGAUUUGCCUGUUGAAGAAGUUAUUGAGGAAACAUAUCGUUGCAUGGUUUGUCUAACCUAUAAAACAAAACUGGAUUUGAGUAUUAUGCUAGAGCAUGCGAGAGAACAUUUUCCAUUUGAGAGUUUCUGGUGCAAGUUAUGCAAUGAACGUUUCAGAUUAAAAGCGCAAGCAAAACAACACAAAUGCCCGAAUUACUUGCUUGAGGAAAAUAACCACGGGGAGAACAAUACGUCAAGAAGAAGAUACCCUAAAAAUUUUGAUAAGUAUAUAAGGAAAUUUUGUCCCGAAUGCAAUACUGAAGCGUCCUCUGUGAGCACUUGGCGUUGGCACAUGAGUAGAUAUCACGAAAUGGGCACUCUAUCAGGCCUACAGAUGAAGGAAACCACAGGUAAUUUGGUAGAGUGUUUGGUUUGCCAAGUGCAGAUGACGCAUAGAAGACGACAGGAGCACAGAUUCAUACACCUUCCAUUUAAGCCUUUCCAAUGUAAAUAUUGCUCAGAAUAUUUUAUUGAAGUUGAAAAAGCAAAAUCUCAUUGUAAAAAAUGCGCACUAGUGCCAUUAGAAUUACCAGAGACUCACGAACAAAAAAAAGAGGAACAAACUUCAAAAAAGAAAGUACCUGCGAAACGCAUGGAGAAAAAUGUGAAUUCUUCAGUUGAGCUAAAAGCGACCAAAAAUGAAUGCAACAAACGAAAAAAUAAAAGACAUAUUGUUUCUAAUGUACAUGAUCAAGAGGAAUCAGAAAGUGGCUGUGAAAAUGAAAGUGAAACCACUAAUAAAGGUAUAUGUGUGGUACUUGCAGACGAGAAAGAUUUCGCCAAAUUCGUUAAAAUUAGCUGCCCAUUAUGCCCGGACACCGCAUUCGAUUCCAACUUAUAUUUAACACGGCAUUUCAAAGACACGCAUGAUUUUUUCCGAGAUAACUUUACAAUUAAUCAAACAAACUCUGCGAAUUGUAAGUCGUGCGAUAAAUUUUUCAAUGUUUUAUACAAAAAAUCCAUGAUAAAACACUAUUUGAGUGAAAUAAGCGCUACAUGCUUCUGCUGUCGGCUAUGUGAUAAGAAAACGUUAUACCUUGAGUCAAUGAGAUCGCAUCUUUUAGAUGACCACGAAGGUGUAAUUGCAGCACAAAAGCCCGAUAGGAGCAACACUUUCGAUUCAGCUGACCCGGCAGAUCCUUUAAAAGUAACAUCCGUAGAUAUUUCAAAAGUGUCAAGUACCACAAUGGCAAUACAGACCAACAAAACAACUGUAUUCAAUGAGUUCAACGUAUAUAUUUCAUAUGCAUGCCCGGAAUGCAAUGAACCAUUCGAAACUUCCGAGCAAUGGCAUUUGCAUAUAAAUGGUGAGCAUAAUUUCUUUGAUCAUGAACAGUUGAAUAUCGAAGCAACACCGGAUGGUUUCAAACGCUGUAAGCAAUGUGGCACUAAUAUUAGUGGAGGCAUAUUAGCUGAACAGCGUCAUAAAUUAACACACAUGCAGUAUAAAUCGUUUAUAUGUACUUUGUGUCAGCAUCGCUCCACCACACUAGGUGUGCUCACUCAACAUUUUCGGCGAAGGCACUUUGCGAAGGGCUCUUUCAAAUGCGGUCUUUGUACGCUUGUUCUAAAUACUUCAUGUGAAAGGAUCUUACAUAUUAGAGGUGAUCAUGAUCCCAGUGAAUAUACACCCGAAUUAUGUCGGGUUUGUUUCAGUCACUUCAGUUCAGUCAAACAUAUGCAUAUUCAUAUGGCUUGUCACGAUCCCGAUCGGAUAAGUUUCCCGUGUGAAUUUUGUGAUCGCUCUUAUUGGUAUAAACGGGAAUUAAAUUUACAUGUGCGUGCUAAACAUCCCGAGCAAGAAGCUGGAGACAGUGGAUAUAAGUAAAUAUUUGAAAAAAAAAAAAAAUAUUUUUAAGGCGGAUUCAUCAUUCUAGUUCUAAACUUUUUUCCUAUGUGAUUGUGGUUGGGUUUUUCUCCCAGAGAGAGAAACGCCACAGCCACAUAGAAAAAAAGUUCUGAACUUAAACGAUGAAUCCGCCUUUAAUCUCUUCGAAAAGAUUUUAAGCGAUAAUUAUAAACAAUUUUUUUUUCUCAAAUCGAAAAAUAUCCAAAAAAAAAGUACACCAAUAGAAACUUUAUAGAAACUUAAUGUCCCUGCAAACCAUUGGUUUAGAGUAUUCUGAAUUGUAAAGUAAUUUUAAGGAAUUCGUAAAGAUCUCAUCAGAUUUUUCGCCGAAUUUUCUAAAAU